AUGCCGGCGACGCCCUCCUGUACUUCGUGGCAUUGGUUCCGAGAGUUGUUAGGCAUUCCGUCUGCCCAUCUGCUGACGGCGCGUGCCCCGGACACCAGCAUGUACACGUGCCACGGCGCGUGCCCCGGACACGAGUAUGCCAGCAUGUACACGUGCCCCGGCGCGUGCCCCGGACACGAGUAUGCCAGCAUGUACACGUGCCCCGGACACGAGUAUGCCAGCAUGUACACGUGCUCCGGCGCGUGCCCCGGACACGAGUAUGCCAGCAUGUACACGUGCCCCGGACACGAGUAUGCCAGCAUGCUUCUUGUGGGCGCUCCGAAGGACCACAACCUGCAGCCUGGCACGCACCGCUCGGGCGCCCUCUGGAAGUGUCCCUUCACGUCCAACUCCUCCGACUGCGUCCAGGUCCACACCGACGGCUUCAAAGAUCCGGAUUCAGGCCUCUACGACUUUUUCUACGCCAACGAGAACCUGCUGCCGCCCAACGACGAUGAGAUCAAAGACGACCAAUGGCUGGGCGUGACGGUGAAGAGUCGGUUGGUGGUGUGCGCGCAUCGCUACAUGCACCGCGGGCCAGGCUUCCAGUGGGGCUUCGGUCUUUGUUAUUUGCUCAACCAAAAGCUGGACGUGAUGGACUCUAUGGAGCCUUGCAGGGGCAAAGCCGUCGCCAAAGGUCAUCAGCAGUACGGGUUCUGCCAGGCAGGGAUGAGUGGCCUCAUCCUCGACGAUGAGGUGGUGCUGGGGCUCCCAGGCCCCUACACCUGGCGGGGGACCGUCCACACCUCCAAUAUCUCGAAAAACUUUUUGCUCAGAGACAAGACGCAAUAUUUUGGGCCCGUCACAGAAAACGAUUCUCCCGUGGACAAGUACAGCUACCUCGGCUACUCGGUGACGACGGGCUACUUCUUCGGCGACUACGUGUCGUACGUAGGCGGCGCCCCGCGCUCCAACGGCACCGGUCAGGUGGUCUUCUUCUCGCGUGCCAAGAUCGGCGAAAGUCUCCUGGUGGUCGACCUCGUCUUGGACGGCGAGAUGUUCGCCUCCAGCUUCGGCUUCGAGGUGCUCGGCCUCGACAUCAAUAGAGACGGAUUCGACGACCUGUUGGUGAGCGCCCCCUUCUACUACACGAAACACAACUCAGGAGCGGUGUACGUCUACAUCAAUAACCAAGAUGGCAUCAAGAAGAACCACAUGUACUCAAGAAUAGAAGGUCCCGCCGGCGAGAGCAGAUUUGGCUUCUCGAUGACUUCGCUGGGCGACCUCAACCGCGACGGUUACCUUGACGUGGCCAUCGGCGCGCCCUACGAGGACAGGGGCGCCAUCUACAUCCUGUGCUCAGGUGAGCAGAGUGUGCUGCUCAGAGCGCGACCAGUGAUCAUGAUCCAGACGAUCGUGCUGCCUGAAGGAGGUCCCCGCAACAUCGAUCCUACAAAGCCGGGCUGUCCUGACGACCAGGGAUCCGAAGACACCUGCUUCUCGUUCGAGGCUUGCUUCAAGAUGGACAACGACGCAGGCACUCGUACAGGACUGCUGCUGUCCUACAGCAUCGAGGAGCUGGUGUAUCGCGACCAACCUCUGCCGCGUGUUUACUUCGAGAAGGAAGGAACCACGCAGACCUCCGUCGUCAAGAAGAAGAUCCAACUGCGCCCUGAGGACAUGGGGCGGCACCAGUGUACUAGGGAGGUGGCCUACCUCAAGCCUGGCAACAGAGACGUGCUUCGGCCGCUGAAAUUCAAGCUCUCGUAUGAGAUCAUACAGAGGGAGCCCCAACCCAUGAGGGAGGGGGGGCCUAUACCCAAUAUGGACGAUUUCCCCAUCCUGGAUCAGCAGGAGGCUCUCAGAUAUUUUGAAGCUCAUUUCUUGAAAGACUGCGGCGCUGACAACAAAUGUGACAGCGACCUAAACCUUAACGCGGCCUUCCAGCUGCCGUGGGACGACACUCGGUCGCACCAAGUGUUCGAGCUCGGCCUCCGAAACGUGGCGCUGCUGGAGGCCUCCGUGACAAACUCUGGCGACCCCGCGUACGAACCGAGCCUUUUCGUGGAGCAUCACGACUCCAUGGCGUUCAGCAUCAAGGAGUCAGACUGCAGGAGGAGUGCUGGUCUAGCACGACUAUAUGGCAUGUGCGUGCCCGUGAGGGCAGACCUGGUACAUUGUACCCUCGGUAAUCCCCUCACCAACUCCACGGGGCCUCUCCUCCUGGCAUUCAAGCCCUCGGGCUUCUUCGACAAGCGCUUCAUCCGCUUCAAGGUCUUCGCCAACUCCACCUCCAACGAGCGCACGCCGCAGGACAACAUCGACCUCGUCCUCGAGAUCCUCAAGCGCGCCGAGGUCUCCAUCACAGGGUCGGUGACUCCGGAACAGGUGUUUUUCGGCGGAGAGAUCGUGGGAGAGAGCGGCGUCACCAACGUCCACCAGAUCGGUUCUGAAGUGGUUCACAAAUACGUCGUGGAUAACCGAGGUCCCUGGAGGUCGGACUACGUGGAGGUGAAGAUAUUGUGGCCUCACCAAAUGGAGAACCACCAAGACCAGGGAAGCUGGCUGCUCUACCUCACCGAGAAACCGGUUGUUGAUGGAGAUGGCGAGUGCUCCGUAGAUCCAGCGUUCGUAGACCCCUUGCGAUUCAUGGCCACGAGUUCAAGUUCUUCAUCUUCAUUAGAACAAUCGUCUUCAAGCCAAUCUUCAUCUGGUCAAUCAACAUCUAGCCAAUCCUCAUUUAGUCAGUCUUCUUCCAGCCAAUCAUCGUCUGGCCAAUCAUCGUCUGGCCAAUCAUCGUCUGGCCAAUCAUCAUUUAGUCAAUCUUCUUCUGGACAAUCUUCGUCUGGUCAGUCUUCAUCCGGCCAAUUUUUUAAUGUUGGUUCUGAGGUUGAGACGCAGCCUAGCGGAGGCAUCCAAGUUUCAUACUCUAAUAAAACGGUCACAACGAAGGUGGUUACGUCUAAAGUGAACACAAUACGAACAGAAAGCAAAACUUCGAAAGAUUCUGUAAGUGGUACAUCAGACGCCGUUGUUAAUCGAGGAGCCAACAACAGGAUUCAGUCAAUGUCGGAGAAGGUGCAGUCGGUUACCACAGCGUCUACUAAUAAAGGAGCUAAAAAGUCAUCGACAAAAAAUUACGAAGAAAAUUACGAAGAUUACGAUGAGUAUCCUGAUGAAUAUUACGACGACGAGGAGGACGAUUAUUAUCGAACAAAUCACAUCCGACGAAAGCGGUACACGACAAAUUCUCUUAGCAGAGAUAAAAGUCUUCUUGGAACGGAAUUAAUCAGGGAGAAUGCGUCUACUGGUAACAAUUGGCCGCCUCCUGAACCUUAUUCCGUAGAGGGCGUUUUGCCCUCACCUUCGAUUCCAAUUGCCGGUGUUCUGCCCCCUGACGAAGAAAAUAAAUUUGUGGGGCUUCAAAUUAUUACAGACUCAGGUUUACGGAGUGGAGAAUAUUCAACUGUUGAUAGAUUGGUUCACCGACGGAGUAAGAGACAAGGAUAUGCGACCGCGCAGUACGUGACCGACGGUGUGACUGGCCGUACGCUUCAGGCUGUCACCUUGCGUUGUACCGGGGACGUGCCGACGGCCAAGUGCAUCCCCAUCCGCUGCACAAUCCGCAACUUGGGCGCCGAGAGCUCGGCGAGCAUCCGUAUUGUGUCGCGGCUGUGGAACGCGACGCUCGUAGAGGACUACGCGCACGUGAACCUCGUCAACGUGCAGUCACGUGGCGAACUUUUACUGCCAGAAGACAUCCGCUCGAGACAAGAUGAAAGUGACGACGUUGCUGUGGCAGAGACCAAGGCUUACGCCAACCUGCUGGAGCAGCCACAGUCUGUGCCUCUGUGGGUGAUCUUGGUCUCUGUCUUCGCAGGACUCCUGCUGCUCGCCCUCAUUAUUCUCAUACUCUGCAAAAUGGGAUUCUUCGAGAGGAGAAGAAGGCCUGAUACUAAUAAUUUAAUGAGAAACGGUCAUUGAUAUCGGCUGUGCAUCUAAAAUACUUUGAUCGUAGUUAUUUUUAUAAUAUUUAUGCCCAGGUACACGUGCUACCGUUUUGGCGACGACUCUAUUGCAACAGAAUCAACCUAAGUUGAUGAACCUUUUCAUAAAAAUUAUCGUUAUGAUUGCUGUUAAUUCGAUAAAUGCAAAGGAAAAUUUGCGUAAAUUCAUAUCGGGAAUAUAGUUGAAAACUGCGUAUAGAAUUUCAUAUUCUUAUAGGAAGAUCGUUUUUAAUGACUGCGUUCAGUAAUCAUAAUGUUAAGUAGCUUAAUUAAAUUGGCUAUAAAUUUCAUUUGUCCCUUUUACAUCUAAAAAGUUUGCGAUUGUUAAUGAUUGUUGAAAUUGGGCAGGUUUAUUUGAUGAUUGUUGUAGAUUUAUAUAUAUUUGUUGUUAUUAAUCAAUAAUGAAUAGAAUAUUUUAAUAUCGAACGCAUGCUAAAAUGAUGUUCUAAUGCUUCUAACAUCGAUAUCAUAGAACCGUUAGAAUUUCAUAUUCAUAGAUUUUUGUUAACGAGUUUUUAAUCUCAUCUCAUGUGCCUAGUGAGCAUCUAGCAUGUUUAGUCUUCUGCACGCCUGCCUGCCUGACAUUAUCUUCCUUUCUGGCCAGAAUUUUGGGCGCCUCGGGAAUCUUGGGUGUCCAAGAACCGUGCUUGUGUGUAUAGCCUGUGUGUGAGAACCGUGUUUAUGUAUGUCUUGUGCGUGAGACUAUGUGUAUGUGAGACCGUGUGUGUAUGCGUAUUUCUUGUGUGUGAAGACGAUCGCGUGUGUCAGCCUGUGUGCUGUGUAAAUGGAAUCGUGUUAAUCGUUCCUCUAGUCAUCAGUUGCAAUGUUCAUCAGUUCCUGGAAGUGCCUCACGCAAAUUGCGUUCUAAUUGAAUAUUCAUGGUAGAAAUAUAAUAUAUGACUUUUGUUGGGACUCAUCUUGUACUUGGAUAGUUUUAGUGAUUAUGGUGUCAUUAUUGACAGUUGUGAUUAAGCCAUAUCUGGCCUGUUUUCAGUUCUAGUAAUAAAUUAAUUUUUACAGUUUCCUUGGGCUUAAAACCCGUAAUUUGUUGUUCCAAUUUUGCUGUUCUUAACCACCAGGCCAGGCCACCUCUCUGAUUUUUUGCCAGAACUUUUACAGGUACCUGGGCUCGAAUCCGUAACUCGCUGCUUAAUUGCUUGUUUAACCUCUGCAAUAUUCUUAUUUGUGAAUAUAUAAAUUUUAAAUCCAUCAAACUAAUUACGCUCACACGUACAUUUUGCGUGAAAUUUACGGCUUAUCGUUGAUUUUGGUUGGCUUAAUUUUUGAAUUUUUUUAUCGAAUGUGCGUGUGCGCUGAUUGAUCUGAAUUGAACAUAUGCAAUUCAAUCUCGAAUGCAAAAUAACUUAAUGGUUAAGCCGUUGCAAAAAUUUAAUAUUCGGAUUGAUUUCUCUUUGAUUAUAUUUUUAAUAAGAGACAGUGCGCGCGGAGUAAUUCCGCCCAUAAAACUGAGCUUGGAAUUUGAAACGCAAUAGGAUAAAUUUUAAAAAAUUUUCAUCUAUGGCGUUGAUUUUUGAUAAGCGAAGUUAUACAUGGUCAUUAUUAUUUUCGAUAAUUCUACAAUUUCUCUCCCGUUACUAUGUUCCAAGGCUUAUAUUUUGCCACUAUUAUUUUCACAGUUUUAUUUUAAAUUUACAAUUGAAUAAGUAAACACAAGCCACUGUAUUUUGCCUCAUGUCUAUGUAACAAUAGUUUUUAAGGCUUGUUAUAUGUUAUAGAUUUAUUCUGUCACUCUCAAAUAACGUUGUCAUGAAAACUAUUAAUAUUAAUCUAUAAAAGUUGUACGUAGAUCUAAAGUAAACGCCUUAUCAUUAUCCCAGGGUUGAGUGCGGACAGAAAAAGUUAACGAAUUACAUAUGAUCCUAUAGAGGAUAAAAUAGUUCCUUUACGCAAGCUCUGUUAACAUGGUGAUUCAUUAAAAUAAUUUUUUGCUACUGCCUUUUUUCAGGAAUUUUGAUAAACCUAAAUUC